AUGGCAGAUUCUGUAACAGAAAUGCCAUUACACAUCGAAGAAAGUUUUAAAGAGACAUUAAAAAAUGCGACAGAUAAACCACCAACGUCUAUUGAGGGCAUCGCGAUCGCGUACUUAAGUUUGGUUGUUAUGGCUGUGUUGCCCAUAUUUUUCGGGUCUUUUAGGUCUGUUAAGUACCUGAAGGAACAGAAGGAGUCUGGGGAGCGUCCUGAGACAAUGUCCAACAAAGAUGCUCUGAUGUUCCCAAUAAUAGCAUCUUGUGCACUUUUUGCACUAUAUAUCUUCUUCCAGUUCUUCUCCAAAGAAUACAUAAAUCUUCUUCUUACUGGCUACUUCUUCUUCCUUGGCGUGUUGGCAUUGAGCCAUCUUCUUAGCCCAAUCAUCGCACUGGUGGUCCCAGCAUCGAUUCCAAAUGUUCCUUACCAUGUGCACUUCACGCGCGGCGAGCGGGACGCGCGCUAUGACAUCAUCAACUACAAGUUCACGUCCUAUGACGUCAUCUGCCUGCUGAUCUCGCUCUGCCUUGGCGCCUGGUACUUGUUCAAGAAGCACUGGAUCGCGAACAACCUGUUCGGCAUCGCAUUCGCGAUCAACGGCGUAGAGCUACUGCACCUCAACAACGUGGUGACCGGCUGCAUCCUCCUCAGCGGGCUCUUCCUCUAUGAUAUCUUCUGGGUCUUCGGCACUAACGUCAUGGUCACUGUCGCCAAGUCCUUUGAGGCGCCCAUCAAACUGGUGUUCCCGCAAGACCUGCUCGUGAACGGCCUGAACGCGAGCAACUUCGCGAUGCUCGGCCUCGGCGAUAUCGUGGUGCCAGGAAUCUUCAUAGCGCUGCUGCUGCGCUUCGACAAGUCGCUGAAGCGUGGAUCGGAGUUCUACUUCCGGGCGACGUUCUCCGCGUACAUCGUGGGGCUGCUGGCCACCAUCCUGGUGAUGCACGUGUUCAAGCACGCACAGCCAGCUCUCCUGUACCUGGUGCCAGCCUGCCUUGGGACACCCCUCACGCUGGCACUCCUCCGUGGAGACAUCAACGCCCUCUUCAACUACGAAGACCAACCAGCGAAAGAAGAACCGGUAACGGAAAGCAGCAAGUCGAAGAAGACUGAAUAA